AUGGCAGACGACGAUCCAGCUCCAGGGACCACGGAAACGAGAAGCAAGCCUUCACAAGAGACCUGCUUUAUCUGGUACCACGGAAAAUGCAAGCGCUCUCUGAACCCUAAGACAGCACCCUGUCCCUACCUUCACGCACUUACAGACGUGCCAUCCAUGGUACAGCCGCCCCCAGGCUAUGUGCACCCCGAACCCUGCGGUUUGCCGUGGUGCCCGGGAGACGGCGUCCCCAAACCCAGUCCUGCCAAACCCGGAGGCGGCGACUUCAAGGGUUUCACAAACGCCUUAGGCAGGUCACGCGAAAAGUAUGAAGGUGAGACGGGAGACUCAGAAGCGGAGACGAAGGACAACGAAACAACAAGCGAGGCGCCUAGCUGCGGAGAGCCGCGGGACGAAGGGAGACCGGACUGGUACCUGAGUGGCUUUGAUGAGGAGUAG